AUGAACCCAAAAAUCUCAGACUUUGGCCUGGCUCGGACUUUUGGGGGAGAUCAAAUUGAAGCCAAAACAAAAAAACUGGUUGGAACAUAUGGUUACAUGCCUCCAGAAUAUGCUGCGCAUGGUCAUUACUCCGUGAAAUCAGAUGUGUUCAGUUUUGGUGUAAUAAUACUCGAGAUAGUCAGUGGGAAAAAGAAUAGAGGAUUUUCUGACCCAGAACAUUCUCUUAAUCUGCUUGGACAUGCAUGGAGACUCUGGACUGAAGACAGGCCAUUGGAGCUUAUAGAAAAACAUUUACGCGAAAGAUACGUUUUAUCUGAAGUCUUAAGAUGCAUACAUGUGGGUUUGUUAUGCGCACAACAAAAACCAGGAGACAGGCCGGACAUGUCCUCUGUCAUUCUUAUGCUGAAUGGUGAAAAAUUGUUGCCCCAGCCAAAGCCCCCUGGAUUUUAUACUGGAAGGAGUUUACCUGAAUCAGUAUCUUCAAAUGAGAUGUCCCUCACAAUUUUUGAGGCUAGAUAG